UGCCCAGGCUGGCGCUGGCCCUGGCCUGCUGGCCGCCCUGGCCGCGGUGAAAAUACUAUCGGACGCCGAGGCGCCCGGCGGCAGGAGAUGGCCUUGAAGUCUCUGGGGAAUGAGGGGCUUUUUCUCUUCUCCUCUCUGGACACUAACAAUGAUCUGUACAUUAGCCCUGAGGAGUUCAAGCCGAUAGCAGAGAAAUUAACAGGUGUUACUCCUGUCUUCGAAUUUGAAGAGGAAGAGACACUAGAUCCCAGUGGGGAGACACUAUCAAUUGUUGCUAAAUUCCAGCCCCUGCUCAUGGAAACAAUGACGAAGAGCAAAGAUGGUUUCCUUGGAAUUUCUCAUAUUGCUCUGUCUGGCCUACGGAACUGGACAGCACCAGCAGCCCCUAUGAGCAUGAUGUUUGCCAGGCAAUUCAAAGCCUUUCUUCCCCCAAAGAAUAAGAUAGAACUCGGUGAUCCCUGGUGGAUAAUCCCAAGCGAAUUAAACAUCUUCACUGGCUACCUUUCCAAUAACCGGUUUUACCCUCCGGUCCCCAAGGGCAAAGAAAUUGUGAUUCACAAACUUUUGAGCAUGUUCCACCCUCGUCCAUUUGUAAAAACUCGCUUUGCCCCUCAAGGAGCUGUGGCCUGCAUCCAGGCAAUCAGUGAGUUCUACUAUAUAGUAGCGUUCAGGAUCCAUGCCGAAUUCCAGCUGAAUGAACCUCCAGACUUCCCUUUCUGGUUUUCCCCUGGCCAGUUCACAGGCCACAUCGUCCUGUCCAAGGAUUCCUCCCAUGUUCGAGAGUUCAAGCUCUUUGUCCCGAACAAGAGGUCUCUCAACGUUGACAUGGAAUGGCUGUAUGGGGCGAGCGAAAGCAGCAACAUGGAAGUGGAUAUAGGUUACUUACCUCAGAUGGAAUUAGAAUCUUCAGGGCCGUCCAUCCCUUCCGUGAUUCGUGACGAAAAUGGCAAUGUGAUGGACAGCCGAGACCUUGCGGGGGAGCCAAUUCAGUUUGUGUUUGAAGAGAUCAACUGGCAGCGAGAAAUAAGUUGGGAAGAGGCAGCCCAGAAAUUGGAAGUUGCCAUGUACCCGUUUAAGAAGGUUUCGUACCUUCCUUUUACGCAGGCUUUUGACAGAGCGAAAGCUGAGAACAAACUGGUGCACUCCAUCCUGCUGUGGGGCGCCUUGGACGACCAGUCCUGCUGAGGUUCGGGGCGAACUCUCCGGGAGACUGUCCUGGAAAGUUCGCCCAUCCUUGCUCUGCUGAACGAGAGCUUCAUCAGUAGUUGGUCACUGGUGAAGGAAUUAGAAGAGCUGCAGACUAAGAGGCAGAAUGAAUUCUACAGCAGACUGGCUGACCUGCAUCUAGAGAAAUAUAACUUCCCUGUGGAGAUGAUGAUCUGCCUUCCCAACGGAACAGUGAUUCACCAUAUCAAUGCCAACUAUUUCCUGGAUAUUACUUCUAUGAAGCCUGAAGAAGUCGAGAGCAGUAUCUUUAGCUUCUCAACCAAUUUUGAAGAUCCUUCCACUGCAACCUACCUCCAGUUCCUGAAGGAAGGACUGCAAAGAGCCAAACGGUUCCUGCAGACCUAAAAAAAAAAAAAAAAAAAAGGCAAGUGAACAUCCGGCAGAGAUGGCCAAAUAUUUUAGAGUUCUUCUAUUUUGAUUAAGGCAAUAGUUCCUAAUCUAUAGACUGGACAUGGUACUGAUACUAAAAUGUAAAGGAUUCUGGGACUGGAGUCUUGGUCUGAACAGUAGGACUGUAGAUUCUAGAAUACAUCUUUUUUUAAUGCUUUAAUUUCACUUAACUUACCCUUUUGAGUUUAGGAAACUUCUACAGGAGCUGAAAUACUUUAAUUUAUAAACUUAAUACACUGUUUGUGCAUAUGUCUCAAAGUUUGAUCUGUUACCGGUUCUCCUAUUUUCUAUCUUUGGUUAAAAGAUUGUGUAUAGUAAAACUCCUGUUAUAGCUACAUUGACUGAAAAUCAGAAAUGCUUGUUAUCUAAGGCCUAAUUUCAACUCUCAUUACUCUUGCUGAACAGCACCAUGCAAUAGUCCCAAUGAAAUUAAGUGCUUAUGUUAAGUGCUACUCCACAUGAAUAAGCAUUACAGAAUUGGGUCUUCAGUGUCGAAUGGUUUCUACAAGCAUUUCACAAAUGACACUGAUUCUCUUUGCUUCUGAGUGCAAUUCAGGGUGUUGACUCUGAUCUAUAAACUGUUAUGUAUUUUGGUCCUGAGUAGUUGAGAUGGCCUCUCCGGCUGCUGUAGCACCUCAAAAUCAGCUAGGACACCUUUGCUGACAAUGUCUAGAUCUGAAGGUAGGAUGUUUUAAUUGGAGAGCUUUCAGCUCUGGAAAUAAUCCACUCCCAGAUGCUUCAUGACAUGGUGUAAGACCCAUUUUAUUUAUUCAAGCUUUUGCCUUCUAAGGGGGAUUGUGAAAUUGAGACGGUGCAAGUGGCAGUGGGGAAUUGGUCAACAAAUGUCUUCAAUGUUCAGUGCCUUGAGAGUUCUUAUUCUAGGAGAUGUCCUGGAUGUGACUGAUUCCAAAGUGCCAGGGUAAUCCAGAAGUUCUCCCAUUUCCUAUAUUGUUGCAACAUGCUACUGUCCAUAUUUAUUUUUUUCCAUGUUUCAUGUUUCCAAUUUGCGUUAUGUAAAGUCCUUCUUCAGAAGCAAAAUGUAAAAGUUGGGGGUUUUUUUUUAAUGGAAGGUUCAUAUUGUUUCUUGCAAGUUACCGGUGGUAAAAUUUAAGUGGGUUGUUUUGUUUUGUUUUAACUAGCUGCUUUGAAAACUGCACCUGAGAAUUUUCCAAGUGCAAAGAAUGAAGAACUUGCCCAGAUAAAAUACUUUUGAUCCUUCAUCUCUAACUAUCCUGAGCAUCCGCAUUUACUUUAUACAAGUACUUGGUCACAAGACAAACAUGGUUUGAGAGUGGGGGUUAAAUUCAGUUAAGAUCAGAGAGACGAAAUUUUAGAUCGCAAAACGCCUGUUAUCAAUGAUACAAUAACUAUUGGAUUUUACAUAAGAGUGGCUAUCCUGGGUCAGAUCAAUGGUCCAUCUAGCCCACUAUCAUGUCUUCCAACAGUGGCCGAUGCCAGA